CCAAGCAGCCCAAAGCAUCAUCAAUUUCCUCGAUUGGGCGUUAGCGGUGGCAUGAAGCUCAUUUUUAGGUCAUUAAUUGAGCUAGGUCACAACUAGGCCCUGGCAGUAGUUCAAGCUUCAACGCUCAACAAACCAAACCCUUUUUUUUAUGUAACUCAGACCAGACAAAGAACAGGUCAUUGUUUCUUCCCUUUACCUACUUGGGAUACACCUAGAUCAAGCGUCAUACUCAGAGCCUCAGCUCCAUUCGGAUUCCUGCUCAUACAUGCUCAGUCGAGCCAAAGUGUGAAACCACGCCUGACUCUUCGUACAUUAUUCCAUGACCUCGCUUUCUUCCAUGACCUCGCUAUAAACUUCCCGUCUCCACUGCAAUCUCUUGAAUUGCCUCGUUAUCCGAAUUUCAAGAUACAAACGGUCCACGGAUUUGUUUCCAAUCUGCAGAACUUCCCUUGCAAGCAGAUUGAAAUAUAUACCUCAUCCCUCACCUCACGGUCUCAAAUACUCUUAUCAUUUGCUUUUCGCCAGGCGGGAUAUACCAGCAUCCACACCUCACAGCUGGAUCUCAUCGACCUCGUCCUCGUUUGUCCCAAAAACAAACCGACGCAAGCAUGUCUGUGGAUGGCUUUCCGAGCAUUAUGAUUCCACUCGAACAACAACGGCGUGCGAACCCCUCAGUCCAGUCUAUUUGGCCGAGGAAACAGGCAUCAAGUCCUGAAACUAAGCUCUUGAAUUUCCAGACUGCAGAACUACACAUCUUAUUGGAAGCUAUUUGCGCACUUAACCCAUCACUUCAGGUUUCGAGGACGGAUUACACUUCUCCCAUCAACUUCCAUUCACGUCGUCAUGACUUUCGUGUUGACAAUGCAUGUGGACCAUCUCCUAAUCAGAUGUACUUGAGGCGAUAUAAUUCAGUAACACAACAUCGGGAGCUUUGCUCUUCAGAUCCACAUACACUAUCCAUGACGAGAGCUCGACUGCCUGGAAGUGGCUUUGGCCACUCCUGGGAGCCCUCGCCAACCGCAAUUCGUUGUGAUAAUCGACAGAUCAAAUCAAUUUCUUCGCUUCAGAGUCACACAUCACCACCGAGCGGCACCAAUCCAUCCAACUCACCCUCUCAGUCCUCUGCGGAUGCCAAUCUCUUCAACAACGAAACCUCAAGUGGACCCAAAGGACAUGUACCUCUCAAGCAACACUUAACUUAUUGGCCGAAGAAGAGUCGCAAAAAGAAAACCUGGCUAACCCAAAAGAAAACAAGCAAAACUUUAGACACCAUACCCGAGAAUCAAGAGUGGAAAAUGCAGGAACGAUACCCGCAGGACAUCAUGACCAGCGUUUUACCAGAAAACUCCGAGCCAAGAUCCGUUUUCGAAAAUGAUUCUGACAGCGAGGAUGAAAUCGAAGACUGACCUAAGGAUUCUUCCCAUUAUCCGUUCUGGCGCAAAACGGGUGCUUUAUAGAAAUUUUCCGCUUGCC